AUGGUCGGUGCUCGCUUUUACAACCUAGAAAUCGCGAAUAGAAUCAUGGCCUUCGCUAGCUUAAAAAGCUCUUUAUUCCUAGCACUUCUCUAUAUACGAAGGGGGCCUCUUGAUAUUAGCUAUUUUGCGGUAUUAAAACGUGCGUAUAGUCGGUUGGUAGAGACAAAAAUAAGAUAUAGGAUCAACUAUAUUGACAAACUUGACUUCCUUAAAUCAUACCCCCUUGCACGAAUUGAGGCCUAUAAACCAGAGACUAUCAAGAAUAGCUUUAAAGCAGCUGCUCAAUAUUUAAGUCCGAACCCUAACCCCCCCUCCGAGCAGAGGAAGCGAUUAGGACCCAAAAACACCCUCGAACUAUAUGUAAUUACAAAAGUUUUGAAGGCCUGUCAAAUCACUAUACAGUCUACUGCUUUACUUGAGAAAGAAAUACAGGCCGACAAAGGCCUCUCAGUUCAAGAAGCUUCUCAAUUGAUUACUAAGCCUAUAGAAGCAGCUGAAGCACCCCCCCCCCUACUGCAAGAAGUGCUUCGCUAG